GUCUUGAAUAACGAGAAGGAAAAGGAGAGAGCAAAACUCACACAGCCGUGGUGCCCCUGACAAUCAGGAAGCUCGAUCUCCGCAUCAUUCCGGCCUUUUGGGUGCUCUACUUCCUCUGCUCGGCCAUCCGAUCCAACAUUGGCAUCGCCCAGACCAUGAACCAGAGCGCCAGACACGACCUGAUGUCGGUGCUUGGCAUGAACGCCCGAGACACGUCGACCGCCCUAGCCCUCUUCUACGUGUCGUAUGUCAUCUUCGAUCUCCCCUCCAACCUCAUCAUGAGCCGGCUCAGCCCGCGCGUCUGGAUGGCCCGCAUCGUCUUCGCCGUCGGCGUCAUCGGCACCUGCUUCACCGCUGUCCAGGCCGCCUGGAGCGUCAAGCUGCUGCGCUUCCUGCUGGGCGUCGUCAUUGCCGGCAUGUGGCCCGGCAUGGCCUACUAUCUGACCCUAUUCUACCCACCCUCGCGCACCGGCAAGCGCAUCGGCAUGUACUUCACCGCUUCCCAGGUCUCGGCUGCCGUCGUCGGCCUCGUGUCUGCCGGCUUCCAGCAGAUGGACGGCCUCGGCGGCCUGGUCGGCUUCCGGUGGAUGUUCCUCGUCUACGGCCUUUUGGGCGUCAUCCUCGGCGUAAUCCUUCUCUGGUGGCUGCCUGACCGACCUCUGGCGCCCGGAGAGACGCGCGUGAGGAGCUCCUGGAUGAAGUGGUUUCCCGCAAGCCCCGAAGCUCUCAAGGGCGAGGACGCCUUGGUGCACUAUCACGACCUCCGGAGAGUCUACCAUUCGCGCCCCUGGAAUCUCAAGGACCUGUGGCACGUGCUGAUCGACUGGCGCCUGUGGCCCUUGGUGCUCAUGUAUUUUGGAGUUGUUGGCGUCGGAAUCGGCACUCAGCUGUACGGGAACGUCAUCAUCGCCUCCAUCGAUCCCACAUUUACUGGUGUGCAGAUCAGCCUGCUGUUCGCGCCGAUCUGGAUGAUGGACUUCUGUGCAAUCCUCCUGGUUACCCCUAUUUCAGACAGGUUCCACCGGCACCGUGCCGUCUUCUUUUCCGCCGCUGUGUGCAUCCAGAUCGCCGGCCUCCUCACGGUCACCUUCGCCCUGUCUGACCGGUGGGCCAGAUACGGUGGACUACUGCUGAUUGGAUUCGGACUGGGACCCACGGUCCCGAUAUGCAUGACGUGGACAAACGAGAUAUUCCAGAGACGCCACGGCGAGGUCGGCGUCGCAGCCGCAUCUGCCUUGGUUUCGGGCCUCGGGAAUUUGGGGAGCAUCACCACUACCUACGCGCUGUACACAGGAUGGCCAGAGGACGCCGUCAAAGGGCCGCACCAGUACAGACGGAGCAACUUUACCAUGAUUGGGAUCCUCUGCCUCAGCAUUGCUAGCAGCAUUGCGAUGACCAUUCUCCUGCGGAUCUUUGGGAACAAGCCCAAGCAUCACAAAGUCUCGAGCAGCAACAGCUCGGCGGUUGAUUCUGCAGGCGAGUUUCAGGACGGAGCCGCUCGCCGCGAAGCCGAGCAACGGGGAUUCAAGCGCAUGUGGUGGAAUGGUCGGUCUUAGUGGUGCGGAUUGGGGGGCUAUGCGGGUGACAGGUGUGGUGUCACCAUGGGAGGUAAAGGGGGGGUUUUGGUCGAUUCAGCGGUAAUCGUCCCGACCCCUGAAAGGUUCGUUUCUCGACUCUCGUUCAGCAACUAUAUUCGGACCACUUCCGACAUUUCGGAUACACACGUCUUCGAUUCAUAUCCCAGUCUGGGGUUUUACAUGCGUCUUUUCAGACGAGGAAGGGUAC